AAAUUUUAUAGCCGCAGUUUUGCCACUAGAUAUGUCAUAUUUUCACAAUUUCAGAGGAUAAUGAAAAACAACAGUCGCCAUGCAAAAUUUAAUUCAGACUCAAAAUAAGGUGUUUUAAGAAAUUGUAAUUUAUAUCCCACAAUGCAUAGCAACGACGGGGAAACCACGAAAUCCUUUUUUUAGAUCUAUUUUUAUACCACAUACCCGAUUGGUGGAGUUCAGUUGGCACGAUAACGGGUUUAUACAGGUAAGAAUUAAAUACCUAUGAACAAGGGUGACACAACGAAAGGUAAAGAAGUGAUUUAACCAUGCCGUCGUGGGGAUUUAAAGAUGAAAGUAAACCAGAAUCUAUAAUUGAACCAGCAUCAAAUAUGGAUAGGAAUUCCCCUGAUGAAGAUUCAGCUGAUUUAGAAGAUUAUAUGAAGAGAGGACGUCCAAGGGCCGAGCUAAUCACUUCAUUGAUCUUCAAAGGUGCAGUGUCCCACAGUGGAAUACGUUGUCAUGUGUGUAAUCGGGUUUUUCCUCGAGAAAAAUCUCUUCAAGCUCAUAUGAGAACGCAUACAGGUGAACGUCCAUACUUGUGUGAUUAUCCAGGAUGUAACAAAUCCUUCUGUCAAAGUGGUCAACUUAAAACCCACCAGAGGCUCCAUACAGGAGAAAAACCAUUUCUGUGUACGGGAGAAGGAUGUCUAAUGAGAUUUACACAUGCCAACAGACAUUGUCCUGAUCACCCUCAUGCCUCCCUACAAAGAAUCUCGGCCAAAAUUGCUGUGGAAGACCUAGAGAAAAUGAGAGAUGCUGAAGCUAACUGUGACAUUAGAGAUUGGCUGGACAGGCAAAUUGGCAUUCGACAAGACAGAGGAAGUUACCGCUCACGAUUACAGAAACGAUUCCGUCCAAAUCCUUCUGAAAACAGUAACUCCCCAGAACCAUCCUUAGACGAUAGCAAUACUUCACCUGAACCAAGCAUAGAUACACAAAUUUACCCACAAGCCUAUCCACAUCCUGUGUACCUAUAUCAUAACAACAACAAUACUGAAUUCUCUACUAAAGAUUAUACUCAGAAAGACUAUAGUCCUCCAAUGGAAAAUCCUCAUAUCAUGAAAGACACUUACAGAUACCAACAGAUGGAGGAAAACUACUAUAAUCUACAACACUCAUAUGAUCCUUAUAAUGGAUACAGUAUGUUCAAUGGUGUUCAACCAAUAGAGGACUGUAAUGCACAUCAACCAAUCAGUGAUUUCGUUACAUAUCAACCUGUGAUGGAUACAGAUUAUGGCCUCCAUGUUCCUGAAGAAGAAAUCAAAUGUGAACCAAGAGAACUGACUCUGAGUGAACAAACUGACAAGUGGAUAUCUGCUUUAGCCUUGGUAGAAUUAUCCCAUGGCAUGGAGUCGUAAAGACCACUGGAUAUUUGUUUUAGCCUUAGUAAAGUUAUCUCAUGGAAUCCUAAAGACAAUCAAAAAAGGGCAGGCUAUAUCAGAGAAAGUUUUAUACUAUUACAUUCAGAUACAAUUUUAUAUUAACACUUUUGCAUAAAUGCUUGAUUGAAAAGAAAUGAUGGCUAAGCUCAAAAUGAAAAAAAAAUGCAGUCCCAUUGUUUUCAAUUAUAAGGAUAUGUAAUAAAAAAUUAGGAUGAAGUUUGUGAAACUUUAAUGAAUAUAAACCAAUGAAAUCUGUAUGUCUGUUAAUGAUAUUAGAUUCUAAUUUCAGACUAAAGUGAUAAAGUAGUCACUCAUACUAAAAAGGAGUUUGAAACCCUCAAGACAGUUGUUAUAUUUUUCUAUAUUUCUCCCUAGACAGCUAUAAAGUAAAUAAUUUAAUUUUUGAAAUGAUAUGUACAACCGUACCUGCAAUCAAAUAUAAAAGAUUAGCUAUCGGAAGAGCAUCUAUGCAAAAGACAGAUUUUUAUAUUAUAUUUUUACCUAAUAGAUCUGAAUUUUUUUAUCUCAAAGUUUAUUCAAUAUUAUUAUAUAUGACAAUAGAUGUUUGUACAGUUUUCUAGACAUUUAUAUAUAGUGUUUAAUCUAACUGCUGUAGAAACUAAAUAUGGUGAUAAUGUGAUAUAUUAUGUAUGUAUAUACACAACACAGUUCAUGCUUUUGUGAUAUUGAAAUCCAUGAUAAAUCUACUAAUAUCCUGCAUUUAUUAUUUAUAUAUAAAAGUUUGCAUUUAUUAAUCCUAUAUAUGUGAGUUACUCUCAGUUGGGAGUGAAACUGUUGUUGAAUUUUGUUAACAUUUUGAAGAUGAAGAAGUCCUACUACAUUUGUUAUCUACAGACAUACAUAUUGUUACUAUGUAAAAACCAUCAUUUUAUAUACAUAUUAAAAUUUAAACCUUCCAGGAUUAACUGCUGUUUUUCAAAGUUUCAAAUUUGUUUAAGGAUGUACACCUCUGAGGAGCCAAAAAUUUCUAGAAUUAAACUUUUUUCUUUACCUGAUUUUUGGGUUUAAAUGACUCUAAAAAAAUAAUUGGUGAAGAAAAAAUCAUAUUGUGGUGCACUUCUUUUUUUUGCUACGACCACUUGAAAGUACCCAAUUCUGACAAUUUUCCCAUUUUUCAUCAUUUUUUACCCAUUGUUGGGCUAUUAUCUAGAAAAAAAUCACAGUUUCACAAUUAAACUUUUUUUCAUACUUUCAAUAAAGAUGAAGUGGACCAAUCUGAAUAAAUUUGACUUAGAAAAAACUAUAGGUAGGUGUUAAUAUAAGAAAGUUUUAUAAAAUUUUGUUGCCUUUUUGUGUCAAAUUUACCUUGCUGUCAGUUUUGUAAAUUUUGGAUUUUUCUCUUUUUUUAGAACAAAAAGCAUAUAAUUUCAACUUCUUUGUUAUAAAUGAUUGAAAAAUACAUAUCUAAGAAAAUUGAAACGAAAAAAUUGAUAUGGGAUGCACAUGUUUCUGGUAAAAUCAUUUCUUGUAUCCCUCACCCAUUUUUUCAACAUUUGGCUAAUGAGACGGACUCGAUUGGUAAUAAAAUUUGAAAAUUUUAUUACUCAAAAACUACUUUUUGUAAAAGCAAAAUUUUUUCACAGAUUUAAGUUUGAUUAUAAUAUUUUUUAAAUUCAUUGAUAUUUUCUUCUUGUAUCACAUGUUUUGGAAAUAAUUCUAGAACAAAAUUUCAACGAGACUGAAACGUCAGAAGAAUACAUCCUUAAAAUGCAGUUUUAAGAAGAUUAAAAAUAAUUUUUUUAAGAAAGGGAGAUAAACCUUAAAAAUUUCCACUGUGGAGAAAAUUACCUAUUUAUUGUUUUGUUUUGUUGUUGUUAUUUUUUUUCUUUUUCUAACUGUUUUCAUUUGACUAAUUUUGUUCGAUUUAAGAAAUAUAUGUACUGGUUCCUCAAAAUGAUGAACAAAUUAGAAUUAAUUCUGUUUGCAAAUAAGUUUAAUAACUAUGUUGUAUUGUUUUUGAACAAAUUUUAAUUACACAUUCCUAGCGAACAAAUUAUAGAAUUAAUAUUGCUUAAGACCAAGAUUUGAUCUUUACAUGAGUUGUUAUUCAAUAUACAGUUUGAAUAGGAAUAUAACAUGAAAUCCAAUGACUAUAUUAUAGAAUUUCCACAUUCCUGAUGUAUUUUAUACUCAAACUAUGUUUUACAUAUUUAUAUUUCUUUCUAGUUAUAAUUUGUAUAAAUAUAUAUUUGUGAGUACUUGUUUAUCUGAAUAGCUUUGUUUACCAUAUAUAAUAGAAAUCCAUUGUAAAUAUUUACUCUUGUUAAAAAUUGUUUAUUAUUGAAAAUUUAUGAGUCAACAAUUCUGACUGCCGUCCAUCCAUUCUGUUGAUCUUAUAUAGAAUAAUAGUCACAAAUUCUGCAUUUUACUCUAAUAUCAAUGUGUUCAAUAUUGUCAUCGAUUUCAUCAUCAUUAUUAUUACCCAUAUAAUAUUUAGCUUGAGUCUUAUAGCAAACUCUAUGAUCUAUUGUAUACUUUAUGGAUUGUUAUUCAGUAAAUGAUCAAGUUCAAGUAAAACUAUAUAAGGUUAGGCCAUCAAAAAAUCUAAAUUGUCAUCAAACUUUUAUAUUUAAAUUGUGGUUGGUUGGAAAUUUCAUUAUCAUCUGUUUUUCUGGUCAAAUUUUGUGAAAAUUAAAGCAAAUUUUAGAAAACAGCCAGAAAUCAAAAUCGGAAUUAUUUUUUAGUCUUAAAUAUUGGCCAAGAGGAGCUGAGAAUCUCUGUAUUAUGGCCUUUAUGUGAGUAACAAUGCUUUGUUCUUUUAUAUUUAAAUGAUUAUAGAUUGAUGUCCAACAUGUGGCAAUUAAAGGUAGCAUUCAGCAUGAACAAAAUGUUCCUAUUUAACACUUUAUAAAAAGUUUGAACAUCUUAACAACAGAUAAGUACGAAAUUUUGUACUGACCAGAUCAACUUUUUUUCAUUUUUUGGCUUUUUACAUUAAAAUUCCAUAAUCAAGAGUACAAAGUCAAAAUGUGUGUUUUUACUAAUAAUUUACUAUUGCAUACAGUUUUGGUUAGGUGAAAACAUUUAUACAAUCCAUUUUUUAAGUAAUUAAAGUGAUGUUUUUAUUGUUAUAAGAUUUCCAAAGUUAAGGUAUCACAUGGCUUAAUAUCACUACUUGUUUAAUUUGUUUGGCACAGGGUAAAAACUGUUUAACAACUCUACAAAUUAACUGCUUACUUUUGAUAAAAUAUGCUAGGUUUAAUGAAAUAUGCAGGUGGUUUUAUUUCUUCAAUCAAAUAUGCCAAGUUUAACCUAUAAUAAAAUGUGCAAUGUUUGAAUCUUUAACAAAUAUGCCAUGUUUUAACCUUUAUAAUAAAAUAUGCCAAGUUUAACCUUUUUAAAAUAAAAUAUGCCAGUUUUGAAUUAUCAAACUCAUAUUUGAUGUUUAUGCAAUAUUCCUCACCCAAAGAAAACUUUUCAUUGUGUUUUUCUUUUCACCCAAACUCAUAAAGUUUUCUGUGCAAAUAGGUAUGAUGAAUUCUGUAAAUGUUAUGCAUAAUCAAAUAUUAUCAUUGAAAUGGUGCUUUGAAUGAACACAUAAGUGCCCCAAACUUUUAAAAUCAAAAAUAUUAAUCAAAUAACAAUACAUUUAAUCAUUAAGGAGAUAGUAGUUCAUAUAUCAGUUUAUUCUUUUUUUGUGUACUAAAUGACAAUAUAAAUAUUUUUUAGUGUUCUUGGAAGAUACCAUUGUACAUGCUUAUUUAUGGAAUGAUUAGUUCAAUUAUGAAAACACGGUUUCAGACUUGUAAUGGGGAUCAUGGGAAGGAGUGUGUUCACUUCAACUGUGUUUUAAUUGAUUAAGAUAUAUACAGGGGAUACAGUACAGAAAACUAGAGAGUGAAUAGCGCUAUCCCACUAAAAAUAAAAUACGGUAAUAAAAUAUGUGUUACAAGGCAACUUACAUUCAGAAUUUAUUGUAAGGGCUUAUCUUUUUCCAGUAAUAUAUUGUACCUUAAAAGUAUUGGCAAUUUUGAACAAAAAACACCAUUCACUCAAAACCGCCUUUAAGCAGACAUAGUGAUGGUUACUGUUGGUAGUAUGUCCCAGAUUAAAUGUUGAAAUUGUUAUUUGAAAUAAGACAAUCAAUAAGUUACCAGUUCAGAUUAUGUUGUUGUCAUGUUAUAUUGUCAUGUGACUUGUCAUGUGAUUUGUUAUGAUUGAGAAUGGUAAAAUAAAAGGUGGCAGUAUGUGUGAUACUGUAUUGUUUGUUAUAUAUCUUAUAAGUUUAUGAGUAGUGUUUUCAUCUUUUAGAAUAUUUUAGUUUUUGCAUUUAACUAACACUUUGUAUUAUAGUGUUUCUAUGGUGAUAUUAUAAUGUAUUAAUCAUUAGAUCUCGGGGUGAAAUAGAGAUUUUUGUACUAAACUAAACUUUUUUUGUACUUUUUGAUUAUAGACUUUAGAUUGAAUUUAUAUGAUCCAGAAGAAGAUGUUCUGACAUUUUAAUUAUUAUUUAUAUUUAAAAAGCUGUUUCUUUUGUAGAACUGCUACUCUUCUAAACACAGAUGUAAAGAGUAUUUUCACAAAAAAGAUUCUGUGUUUAUGACCCGAGGUCUAAUUAAUCAUAGUGUGUUUUCUACUAAGUCAUGUGACAGAUCUGACCAAUCAUGAUGUGUGUUUCAUUUCUGUAGUGCUAAUGAGCAGUGUUCAGACAUUAACAUUAAUAUGCUCUUUAUACUUUUGACAUGUUUAUACAGAGACUAUUUUGCAAAUAAAAUCUGAGAAAAUA